AUGACUAAUGUUGUGAUUAACCUCCUUAGUGCUACUAAACUUACUAGUGAAAAUUAUACAACCUGGAAAAAUACAAUUAAUACUUCGUUGGUGAUAGAUGACUUGAAAUCCAACUUAAUUGAGGAAUUUCCUCAAAUACCCGCCCCUAAUGCUGCACAAAAUGUUCGUGAGGCAUACAAAAGAUGGAUGAAGGCCAACGAAAAGGCCCGUGAGUACCUCUUGGCCAACUUAUCUGAUGUUCUAGCUAAGAAGCACGAGAACAUGAUGCAAGAGGAGGCCUCUGUUAGAGAAUAUGUUCUCAACAUCAUGGUCCACUUCAAUUCAGCUGAGAUGCAAGGGCCAGUUAUUGACGAAGCCAGCCAGGUCAACUUUAUUCUGGAUACUCUUUCAAAGAGGUUCCUCCAACUCUGUAGUAACAUGGUUAUGAACGACUAG